UUUGCUUUGAACACGUCAUAUGCAUAGAGUUCGCAAUCUAAGCUAGCUGGGGAAAUCCUUGCUCAUCCCUUUGUUUGCCUUUCUGAUUUUUAAUGAACUGUCUGCGGUGUUGAUUCAGUUAUUUACUAGGCACCGAGCGAUACGGAUAUUUUUAUUGAUGGCUUCCUCCAAAAGAACGCAUUCUUACGUCGAGGAGGCUUUUAGGCAAAUUUGCGAACAACCUGGGAUCGUGGAUGUUGUCAUUUUGAACGCAGCUGGGAAUCCUGUCCGCACUACACUGGAAGAGCAGCGGAGUUUGGAGCAUGCUGGCAUGUGGACGCAGUUAAUGCAGAAAUCGAAAUAUGCAGUACAAAAUAUAGACCCUGAGGACGACGUCCUGUUUUUAAGGGUGCGAACCAAACAGCAUGAGACGAUAGUGACGCCCGACGAAAAACUGACUUAUGUUGUUGUGCAGAAUCCACAAGAUAAAAUAUCUGUGAAACCCCAAGGCAUUGCUUUAUCCAAAGGAUCAAACGAAUCGGCGGGUGGCAGAGUGAUCUAAAUAAAUCAGAAAUGAAGUACAAUG